GUGUUUAAAGCUCUCUUCGCCGCUAAACAUUUCACAGUGGUCAAAGCCGGAAACACAACAAUAUGUCCACCACUGACGAUGAGCUUCGCCGGAGAAAGUACGAAGAAGCCCUAGAAGUCAAAUCGCUCCGCCGUAUCAUCUCCGCCUACAUCAACUAUCCAGAAGCCGCAGAGGAUGAUGUGAAAAGAUAUGAGAGAUCUUUUAGAAGGCUUCCGGUGGCUCACAAGGCUCUGCUGACGCACCUUCCUUUAAAAUAUCAGAAACUGAGACGGUGUAUCUCAAAAAAUACCUUUUUUAUUUUUGAAAUGCUAAAGGCAUUUGAGCCUCCUGUUGAUAUGAGCCAAGACGAUGACGUUUGUGAUCAUCUGGAUGAUGGUUCAUGUGGUCAUGUUCAUGCUCACUCGGAAGAUAGGGAUCCGUGUUGUGGAUCAGCCUCAAUAAGCGGAAGAUCGCAUUCUAACAAAUCUGGUGAAGUUUGUGCUGGGCAUGAGGGGAAGAAUGGAAAUUGCUGUGAGCCAGAAUCCGGAAACGUUGCUGUAGGUUUAGAAUGCCAAAAAGACACUCAUAAAGAUGGCUGUGACAAUGCUACAUGUGUCAAGGAUCAGAACUCUCAUGACUCUCUUACUGUUGCCAACAAGGAUACUUCAUCUGUACCUCCUGAAUCCCCUGAUUAUUUCGAGUCAAUGCCUCAUUUUCAUGUUCCUCUAGUGGACGUUGAUAAGGUUCGAUGUGUCAUCAGGAAUAUAGUCAGAGACUGGGCUGCUGAGGGUCAGAAGGAACGAGACCAAUGUUAUAAGCCUAUUCUUGAAGAACUUGUACGCCAUUUUCCUGAGCGCAGUAAAGAAAGCCCUCCUACUUGUCUAGUUCCGGGCGCUGGAUUAGGAAGGCUGGCGUUGGAGAUCUCAUGUCUCGGUUUCAUAAGUCAAGGAAAUGAAUUUUCAUACUACAUGAUGAUCUGUUCAAGUUUUAUUCUCAAUCAGACGCAGGAUGUUGGCGAAUGGACUAUCCAUCCAUGGAUUCACAGCAAUUGCAAUUCAUUAUCUGAUGCUGAUCAGCUUCGUGCAGUUUCCAUUCCAGAUAUUCAUCCUGCUGGUGCAGGGAUUACAGAAGGUUUUUCUAUGUGUGGUGGCGACUUUGUUGAAGUAUAUAACGACCCAAGCCAAGUAGGAGCGUGGGAUGCAGUUGUGACCUGCUUUUUCCUUGAUACAGCACACAAUAUUGUCGAAUACAUUGAAAUUAUCUCGAAAAUUCUUAAAGAUGGUGGUGUGUGGAUAAACUUGGGUCCGCUACUUUAUCACUUCGCGGAUAUGUACGGCCAAGAAGACGAAAUGUCAGUUGAGUUAAGUUUGGAAGACGUGAAAAGGGUUGCGAUCCAUUAUGGAUUUAAGCUAGAGGUCGAAAAGACUAUCGAAACAACUUAUACUACAAAUCCGCGGGCCAUGAUGCAAAAUCACUAUUUUUCGGCAUUUUGGACAAUGCGAAAGGUGGGUACGGGUGUACAAGAGAGCAUGGAUGAAUGAAGUCCAGGGUGGAUUCGUGUAACCAUGACUUUUUAUGUUUCACAAAGUUGAGUUGCAUCAUUAAAUGUAAGUCAUAAACUUGAGGACAAAAUAAACGUAUUGUUAUUCAUGUCAUGUGUUAGUGUUAUAAAUUGAAUGUUUUGAUGUUGGGUUGUUUCUUAUGUAACUGUUAAGACCUACAAGUCUUAUAAAAAUAACAUAUUUUAGUUGAAA